AAACCAGUUAACUUGAAACUCCCCUAAACAAGCCGCCACUACCAACUCUCUCUCUGUGUCUCCCAAGAGACAGAAACCCCAGAAGUAAGUCCACCCCAAACCGCCAAUUCAACCUCAAAAAAGGAAAAGAAAAAAAUGUCAGCCAAGUGGAGAGCUAUUCAACACCGCCACCGUUACACAUACAACGCCGUCGUUUUCCCACCUUCCUUCAUUGAUUCCUUGAACCAGUCAUCUCUUUCCGCCUCAUCUCCUACCUUCUACACUGAGCUUCAACAUCUCAUCUCUUUAAACUCAACUUAUUCCCAAGUUAAUCAUGUCAAAAAAGUGGCCUCUUCUUUCAAUGAAUUAUUAGUAAAAGAAGGUGAAAAAAAUGAGGGAUUGGUUUCGACGGCAGCAUCUUUUUACUUGGAAGUUUUCUUUUUGGAAAAUUCAAUGCCCUUACAUAGAACCCUUUUGUCAGUUUUGUCUAAAACCAAGGAUGUUUUCCACCCUGUAAUUGGUGAGUGUUUCAGGGUGCUUUGUAACGAGUAUGGUAGGAUGACUAAUAAAAGGAAUCGUCUUUCUGUUUCACGUGUGGCUUUAUCUGUUAUGGGAAUGCCAAAGUUGGGGUUUUUAGUUGAUGUGAUUAAAGAUUGUGCUGUUUUGGUUUGUUGGGACAUUGUUUUGGGGUUGAAAAGUGUAGUUUUGGAGACGGAAGAGUGGGCUAGACCUUCUCCUAUUGUUUUGGAGCAGUGUCAGGAGGCUUUGUCUUGCUUGUAUUACUUGUUUCAGAAGUUUCCAGGCAAAUUUAAGGACUUGGGUACUGAAGAUUCUAAUGUGAUGGAAACGGCUUUGGGGGUUUUGAUAAGUGUGUUAAAAUCAGUGGCAUUUUCAAGGGACUGUUUUGUUGCGGCCGGUGUGAGUUUCUUUGCUGCUUUGCAAGUUUGUCUCAGUGAUCAAGAGCUUGGUUUGUUCAUCAUUGAAGGUAUAUUUGAUCAAAUUGUUAGUAUUUCUGGCACUAAUAGUGAGGGUUCAUUUAGUAAUGUUAUUAGCAAAGUUCCAUAUAAAGGAGAUGUUUGUCUUGACGUACGAAAUCUCUCUGUGUUGAAUAGGCUUUGCUUGAUUAGAGGCAUUCUUACUGCUGUUCCGAGAAUGGUACUGAAUACAAAUUUUGUUGUAUCUAGGGAAAUUUUUAAUGAUUUUGAGUCUGUUGGAAAUAUUGUUAGUUCUUUGAAGACUAUAUUGUAUGAUGGGAUUUUGCCUGAGCUAUGUAAUUACUGUGAGAACCCCACAGAUAGCCAUUUCAACUUUCAUGCAUUAACUGUGAUGCAAAUUUGUUUGCAACAGAUUAAGACCUCUAUGCUAGCUAACCUUACAAAUGCAUCUGAAGAGUAUAAUCCGUUACCGGAGGAUAUGGGGACUCGAAUGCUGAGAAUAAUAUGGAAUAACUUGGAAGAUCCUCUAAGUCAAACGGUCAAACAAGUUCAUCUUAUUUUUGAUCUUUUCUUAGACAUCCAGUCCUUGCUUUGUGGGACAGAGGGUAGUGAGAAAAUAAAGUCCUUCCUACGAAUGAUUGCUUCAGAUCUUCUCCGUUUAGGAUCACGUUGUAAGGGGAGAUAUGUUCCUUUGGCUUUGUUGACCAAGAGGUUUGGAGCAAAGACCAUGCUGGAUAUGAGUCCUGACCUGCUGUUUGAAAUAGUACAGGCAUACACUGAUGAUGAUGUAUGCUGUGCUGUGACGUCAUUCUUGAAAUGUUUCCUUGAAUAUUUGCGUGAUGAGUGUUGGAGUAGUGAUGGUGUUGAAAGAGGAUAUGCACUUUAUAGAGGACAUUAUUUGCCGCCCUUUUUGCAUGGUCUUGCUUCUGGGAUUUCAAAGCUUCGAUCGAAUUUGAACACAUAUGCUCUUCCGGUGUUACUAGAAGUGGAUGUUGAUGGUAUUUUUCCUCUGCUGGCCUGUAUCUCCAUUGGGCCAAGUGGAGUGGAAAAUGAACUCUUAUAUCCUGAGCUUGAUUGCACAAAUGUGGAACUACAAGUAGAACAGAAAGUGGCUGUUUUGGUCUCCUUGCUUAAGGUAUCUCGCUCACUUGCUUUGAUUGAAGGGGACAUUGAUUUUUGUGAUGAUUCUAAAACAUUUGAUACAGAUGAUAUGCUGGAAUCAAAAAGCUUUAAUCUCUAUGCACUUAUCUGCAUAAAGGGGAUAAAAGUGAGGAUCCUUGUUGGGUGGCUUGUAUUGGCAUUGACACACAUUGAUGAGUCACUUCGUGUAGAUGCUGCAGAGUCUCUUUUCUUAAACCCCAAGACAUCUAGUCUGCCUUCCCAUUUAGAACUCUCUCUAAUGAAAAAAGCUGUGCCAUUGAACAUGAGGUCUUCUUCAACAGGUUUUCAAAUGAAAUGGAGCAGCUUGUUUAGGAAGUUCUUUUCUCGUGUACGUACAGCCUUGGAGAGGCAAGUUAAGCAGGGCAGCUGGCAGCCUCGCAUGAACCAUGAAAAUAAUGAGUUGUGUCUUUCGAAGGGAACUGAAGAAACUGUAGUUAGUAGAGCACAGGAGCUAUUUAAUUUUAUGAGGUGGUUGAGUUGUUUCCUGUUUUUCUCAUGUUAUCCUUCUGCUCCUUAUAAGAGAAAAAUAAUGGCCAUGGAGCUUAUACUGAUCAUGAUCAAUACUUGGUCUGUCAUACCUUCUUCUCAAGAAAGCUCAGCUUCUAUUUCUCCUGAGAGCUGUCUUUAUCCUUAUAGUGUAGGAAUUAUGUCACCUGACUCGACUUUCCUGUUAGUUGGAUCCAUAAUUGAUAGUUGGGAUAGGCUGCGAGAGAGUUCUUUCCGCAUAUUGCUACAUUUUCCCACUCCGCUUCCUGGCAUUUCCAAUGAAGGCAUGGUCCAGAAGGUAAUUACAUGGGCUAAGAAAUUAGUUUGCAGUCCACGUGUUAGAGAGAGUGAUGCUGGUGCUUUAACCUUACGGCUCAUAUUUAGAAAGUAUGUUCUGGACCUUGGGUGGAGAGUCAGAGCUUCAGCUAAUGUAGUUUGCUGCCAUUCACAGUAUACACUGUUAAAUGGGGAUUUUCUACAAUGUGCAUCUGUGCAUCCUGUGAUAGAAUAUGUACAAUCACUUAUUCAUUGGUUGGAUGUUGCUGUGGAGGAAGGAGAGAGGGAUCUUGCUGAAGCUUGCAAAAAUAGUUUUGUUCAUGGUGUAUUACUUACUCUACGAUAUACUUUUGAGGAACUGGAUUGGAAUUCUUAUGCAGUCUUGUCUAGUAUCUCAGAGAUGAGACUUGCAUUGGAGAAACUCUUGGAGCUGGUCGUGCGAAUAACUUCAUUGGCCCUAUGGGUUGUUUCUGCGGAUGCUUGGCAUCUACCGGAGGAUAUGGAUGAGAUGGUUGAUGGUGAUACUUUCUUGUUGGAUGGUCCUGAUGAGAUGGAUGUGCCUGUACCUUCAACGGAACAAGAAGACAAAAGCUCAAAAUCAAUUCUGGAUGCAAGACCAUCGGAUCAGAUUGUUAUGGUUGGUUGCUGGCUGGCUAUGAAAGAGCUAAGUCUUCUUUUGGGGACCAUUAUAAGGAAAAUACCUUUGCCUAGUCACAGUUGUUCAGGUUCAUUAGAACGUGGACACCCCUGUUCUGAUUCUAUUGAUGCUUCGGUAACAGCAACUGGGGGAAUGCUUGGUCUAAAACAAUUAGAGAAAAUUGGGAACCAUUUCAUGGAAGUUCUUCUGAAGAUGAAACACAAUGGUGCAAUUGAUAAGACGAGAGCAGGUUUUACAGCCCUUUGCAAUCGUCUACUCUGUUCAAAUGACCCAAUGCUUUGUAAGCUGACGGAAUCUUGGAUGGAGCAGCUUAUGGAGAGAACAAUAGCAAAAGGGCAAACUGUUGAUGAUUUGCUAAGAAGAAGUGCAGGUAUACCUGCUGCAUUCACUGCUUUUUUCCUUUCAGAACCAGAAGGUGCUCCAAAGAAGCUUCUCCCACGAGCACUUAGGUGGCUUAUAGACGUAGCAAAUAGGUCUUUGCGGAGUCCAUCUGAAGCCAAUACCACAACUAUCUCAUGCCAGAUUUCAUCAACAAAGUCGGGCCAAGAGACUGAUUCGGCUCUGAUACCUGAGAUGAUUGCAACUGAUAAAACCUCAAAAAUCAGAGAUGAAGGUGUUGUUGCAACAGUGCAUGCAUUUAACGUCCUUAGAGCUGCUUUCAAUGACACUAACCUUGCUUCUGAUACUUCUGGUUUUGCUGCUGAGGCUUUGAUUGUUUCUAUUCGUUCUUUCUCUUCACCAUACUGGGAGGUUCGGAACAGUGCUUGUCUAGCAUACACUUCCUUGGUACGUCGAAUGAUUGGGUUCCUUAAUGUUCAUAAACGAGAAUCUGCACGACGUGCAUUAACUGGGCUUGAAUUUUUUCAUAGGUAUCCUUCGCUGCAUCCAUUCCUGUCCAGUGAGCUGAAAGUUGCAACUGAGUUUCUUGGUGAUGCUUUGUCUGGACAAUCAGAAUCCAACCUGGUAAAAGUUGUGCACCCAAGCUUAUGCCCCAUGCUGAUUCUUUUGUCCAGGCUCAAGCCUUCAACAAUUGCAAGUGAGACUGGUGAUGACCUUGAUCCUUUCCUUUUCAUGCCAUUCAUUAGGAAUUGCUCAACCCAAAGCAAUUUACGAGUUCGUGUUCUAGCAUCUCGAGCUAUAACAGGACUGGUAUCUAAUGAGAAAUUGCCAACUGUUCUCCUUAAUAUUGCUGUUGAAUUGCCUCAUUUAGAGAACCAAAUUGCAGCAGGUUCUGCAGCACCCAUCUCAUUACAUCCGGCCAAUGGAGCCCACCAUGCUUCCUUCAAUUUAAUUCAUGGACUUUUGUUGCAAUUAAGCUCUCUUCUUGAUAUAAAUUGUAGAAAUCUUGCUGAUUUCGCAAGGAAAGAUCAGAUUCUUGGUGACUUGAUGAAAGUUCUUGCAAUGCGAUCAUGGAUUGCUAGCCCCAAAAAAUGCCCUUGCCCCAUCCUCAAUUGCUCUUUCCUGCAAGUGCUGGAUCACAUGCUUAGUAUUGCAAGGUCAUGUCACAUGAGCACAAAUUUGUUUGCCAUUCGAAACCUACUUUUGGAGUUAUCUACAGAAUGCUUAGAUGGAGAAGCUUCUCACGGGCUGCCAUUUUAUGAUCCAACAAUACCUGAACUUCGUCAACAAGCAGCAGCAUCUUAUUUUUGUUGUCUCUUUCAAACAUCUGAUGAAGUUGGCGAAGAAGUUUUUAAAAUUCCACAAAGAUCUCCCCUGGAUUCAAUGUUGUUGCAAAUCCCUGAAGUGGAGAAUGCUGGAUUUUUGGAAAGGUUGGUUCGCUCUUUGUCAGAUUUAUCAUAUGAAGUUCGAGGAGUAACUUUGAAGUGGCUGCUUAAGUUCCUGAAGUCCAGAGAAUCUGGCAGUGAGAUAAAUUAUCUGUCUAGCAGCCAGACCAGAAUUAUUAAGAACUGGAAUAAAGCUAACCUUCAGGCUACACUGAUGAAGCUCUUGGAAGUGGAGAAGAAUCAUAGAUGUACAUAUUACAUCCUGAAGGUUUUCUUCACUUGGAACUCUCUUAAGUUUCAGGAACUAUGUCAAGAAAAGAGUGAUGAAACACUUUAUGUUGGUGCAUUGGAUUGUGACUCCGUAUUUCAGCUUUGGGAUAGACUGAUAUCCAUGUACAAGCUUACACGACACUCUAAAACACGAGAAACACUGGUCUGUUGCCUGGCAAUAUGUGUAAAGCACUUUGCAAGGCUAUUUAGUAGUUUUAUAUUAACCGAUAAGGGGCAGAAAACUACUAAAUGUAAUGAAUCUGAUCAGACAGAUAGAUCAGCUUGCUUUUAUGAAUGCAUUACCUUUUUUCUUAAAGUAAUUAAGCAACAUAGUUCCUCAUCUGAGCCAGUAAACAUGCGCAGGGCAGCAACAGAAUCUAUUUUAGCAUCUGGCUUAUUGGAACAAGCUGAGGUAAUUGCUCCUGUGUUCAACCAGCAAGUUUCUUCUAAAAAUUCAUUUUCCUGUUUUGAACCACAAAAUGCUGUUGAUAAAUAUGCACAUCAAAUACUGGAGAUGUGGUUCACAUGUAUCAAGCUGCUCGAGGAUGAAGAUGAUGGAAUUAGACAAAGGCUCGCCACAGACAUUCAGAAGUGUCUUUCCCCCAGAAGCUCUGGAACAAAGUCUGACACUUGUGGGGCUCCAACACAAGUGGAAAAAGUUAUUGAACUGAGUUUUGACCAUCUGUCUUCCAGCUUUGGCCACUGGAUUGUAUACUUUGAUUAUCUUCUGCGAUGGGUGCUAGAUGCAGCAAACUAUGUAAUAUCCAAAGGUGAUCUUGUGAGACGGGUUUUUGACAAGGAAAUUGAUAAUCAUCAUGAAGAGAAGCUGUUGAUUUGUCAAAUAUGUUGUUCCCACUUGGAGAAGCUUCCAAUUACAAAAUCUUGGGCAGGUGAAUUGUUGAAUAAAGAAGCGGUCAUGAAUUAUCUGCUUGAUUGGAGAAUGAGAUUUUACCAUCAGUUGAUAUCAUUUGCUAAGGACCAUAUUGGAAAACUGGGAGUUGACUGGAUAGGCGGUGUAGGUAACCAUAAGGAUGCAUUUUUACCAAUAUAUGCAAAUUUGCUUGGAUUUUAUGUCCUCUCAAACUGCAUUUCCAAUUUGGAGGCCAAGGAUGGCCUGCCUCUACCAUCUGAUAUUGUGGAACUGGGAAAUGCUAUUGAUCCAUUUCUUAGGAACCCAUUGAUCUCUAACCUGUAUAUGUUAAUAGUUAGAUCACAUGAGAAGAAGUUCAGUGCAACCACCGACUGCUUAAACACCAGAUUCAGAGAUGAUAUUUGGUAUGAUUUUGAUCCUUACUUUCUUCUUAGAUAAGAUUGUACUUGUACAAUAGCAUCGUAGAUUAUAACAGUGAUUUAAGGAGGUCUUGAGAACUUGCGAUAGAAACAAAUUUUCAUGAUUAUUGUAUUAUACUACCUAGCACUGCAACAUUCUUUCGGAAUAUCAGUUUGUAUAGUCUAAUGCCUGAAGGCCUGUUUGAGAAUAUCUUAAGUUCUACCUUC